AUGGAACAAAACAAGCUAAUUGGACGCACUUCGUCGUCAGACGAUGAUACAGACGAUGCAUCAUUCACUAGCAGAAUUAAACGCAUCUCCGGUCAUGAAACUUUCUUUUCCCGCAUACAGAUAUUUCGUUUUUGUCUAGAGAUCAUUCUCAUUGUCUGCCUUCUUAUUACAACUGGUCUUAUUUUGAGGAAUGACACCAGGAAAGCGGGUGCCUGUGGUAAUCAGAUUUGGCCGGCAGGAAGUGACUACAAUCACUUCGUACCCCAUGAUGUUAGCUCAAGGGGUAUACCCAAACCCUCUGGUCCAGAUCAAUACCAGCUAGCUGCUGAUGCAUUCAAUGACCGAGGUCUGUUCAAUCAAACUCUUAGCUCGUGGCAAGGUCUUUCUCAUGCCUUUGUACGAGCCACGCCGUAUGAUGGCAGCGGACCUCAAAAGCUGUUUGCAGGAGAUCUGUUUGAAAUUGCCGCUUUUCAUCAAAUGCAUUGUCUAACAUCUAUACUUGAGGACUUUGGCCUUCUGGCUGCCGGAAUCCCCAAAGAAAAACUGCCGGGCUACCACAGUGGCGUAACGUUGACAUGGGAAGAGCACAAGGCGCAUUGUUUCAACUACGUCCGGCAGGCUUUGAUGUGCUUCGCUGAUUCUACUGCCGAAGGACACAUUGAUGGCGAUCCCCAUCGCGUGGCUGAUCAUGGAGUAAUGCACGUUUGUAACGAUUUCGAUGCCUUGCUAGCGUGGUCAAAGGAGCCAGAGAGAAUUUUACCCAAAAGUUGGAAGGUGACCGACUGA